AUGGAGGGUGACAACAACCAGCUGUUUGCGUUGCUACGGGAGCUGCGCCCGGAGGACGUGGGGGUGCACUGCUUGACGGAUAUUCGGCGACCCACGGGUCUUCGCCGCCGCCUUACCCGCGCCGACUUCAAGGCGCCGGUCGCCGCCGCGAUCGCUGCCGGCGGUGGCAGCAGCGCCGCAGCUGCCUUCAAAAGACCCUUUCCGCAGCUUCCUGGUACGACCGCCACCGCCUCCGCCUCCGCCGCUGCCGCCGCUGCGGGGAGUUCGGACCCGGGUGCAGCGCCCGGGGCAGCGGCGGCGACAACACCGUCAUCUCCCGAGCAGCAGCUGGUGGGCCGCAUUCAGGAGCUGGAGUUGUUCAUCAAGUUUGUAGGACCCAAGCUUUCCGCGCUGACCGCACAG